AUGUUUUAUACCGUAAUAUUUGGCACGGUUUUAAUAUUAUUAUUCCUUUUUUGGGACAUACGCAAGCCGGCCAAGUUUCCUCCCGGACCAAAAUGGUAUCCCAUUGUGGGUUGUGCCCUGCAGAUUUACCAAUUGCGCGCCAAAUGUGGAAUGUUUUGUAAAGUGAUUGAUGAACUAACGCGUCACUAUGUCAAUCCUUAUGGACUUUAUGGCUUGAAAAUAGGCAAAGACAAAUUGGUUAUAGCCUAUUAUUCGGAUACCAUACAAGAGAUGAUGACUAAUGAGGACUUGGAUGGUAAACCUGAUGGUAUUUUCUAUCGCAUGCGUACCUUCAAUUCCAAGAAAGGCAUACUUGUUACCGAUGAAGAAUUGUGGGUGGAACAGAGACGUUUUAUUUUACGUCACUUAAAAGAUUUCGGUUUUGCCCGCAGUGGUAUGGUUAAUGGCAUACAGCAGGAGGCAGCUCAUUUACUAGAAGAUUUGAAUGAUUUGGUGCGUGAGCAAGGUGGCAAGAGGGUCAAAGUUUCUAUGGUUAAUCUUUUUACGGUUUAUGUCUUGAACACUUUGUGGUCUAUGAUGUCGAGCAAGCGUUAUGAUCGUAAGAGUGAGGAAAUCAAUGAUUUGCUACAAAUGUUUUUCGAAUUAUUUCAACACGUCGAUAUGGUGGGAGCCAUGUUUAGCCAUUUUCCCUUUAUGCGCUAUGUGGCUCCCAAUUAUUCGGGCUACAAUGCCUUUGUGGAAAAUCAUGAACGUAUAUAUGCAUUUCUACGCAAAGAAGUGGAUAAUCAUCGUCAGACUUUUAAGCAUUAUAACAUUCCCCGUGAUUUAAUGGAUAGUUACUUAAGGGAAUUGGAAAAUCCUGAACGUAAAGCCUCCUUUACCGAAGAACAACUGCUGGCAGUGUGUCUGGACAUGUUUUUAGCUGGCUCUGAGACAACUAAUAAAAGUCUGGGCUUUGCCUUUCUGCAUAUGGUGCGUAAUCCGGAAAUACAAAAACGUGCCUUUGAAGAAAUCAAAGAAGUUGUGGGCCUCGAACGUUUGCCUGAAUGGAAAGAUCGCACUAAGCUGCCAUAUUGUGAAGCUAUUGUCUUGGAAGCGGUGCGCAUGUUCAUGGGCAACACCUUCGGUAUACCACAUCGUGCCUUGCGUAAUACCCGCUUAAGUGGCUAUGAAAUUCCCAAAGACACCAUGGUUAUUGCUUGUUUUCGCGGUAUGCUCAUGAAUCCAGUGGACUUUCCGAAUCCUCAUAAAUUUAAACCAGAACGUUAUUUAAUCGACGGCUGCCUUAAAGUACCCGAAGCUUAUAAUCCUUUCGGUUUUGGUCGUCAUCGUUGUAUGGGUGACAUUUUGGGACGUCAGAAUUUGUUUAUGUUCAUUACAACUGUCUUGCAGAAUUUCCGUGUUGAAGCUUUACCUGGUCCAUUGCCCGAUGAAGAGCCAUUAGAUGGUGCCACCGCUUCUGUUAGGCCAUAUGAGGCCUAUCUAGUGCCCCGUCAGGGUUUUAUAGAUUAA